CUGUGCCAUGGUUGGGAGUCAUAUUUACGCUAACUCUGUUGUCUCAUGUAACAAUUAUAACCACUAUCAUUGUGUGGAUAUUAGAAAGUUGUGCCAAUGAAUAUCGACUUCAGUUAAAUGACACGGAUAACGUUAACUAACUAGUCACACCCGGAAGUACAGGUUAGUGGGGAGGAAGUUCUUCACACGCAAACAUGGAGUUUCUCCCAGUACUUGACCCCCUAGAUAAGCCCAAAGAGGGAUUGUGGUAUUCUUUGAUGCCCAGGGGAGAUGCUCCAGGUGUUAGUGUGGGUCACACCUGCACAUUUAUCCCAUCUGCAGAUGGAGGAAAAGGAAGAGUCUGUAUUGUUGGAGGAGCCAACCCCAGCGGCACUUUGUCAGAUUCCCAUAUCAUAGAUCUAGACAAUCAUGAAUGGGACAUCCCAGAGUGGAGAGGUUUCAAGUCACGGUAUGAACACUGCAGCUUUGUGCCAGAGAGCUGCCCUCAGAGCCUGUGGGUGUUUGGAGGGGCACAGCAGACUGGCAAUCACAAUAGUAUCCAGAAUAUGCAGCUACAAGACAGUGGGUCUCAGUGGAAGAAUGUAUCGGUGAAUGGCAGCCCCCCCAGUCCCAGGACAUACCAUGGCAACUCAGCCUGCAUAGAGGACAAACUGUAUGUCUUUUCUGGUGGGGAAGCAGGAGCUGCACCUGUCUCAGACCCCAAACUUCAUGUCUUUGACACAGUGUCCUCCACCUGGUCCCAGCCAGAAACACAAGGCAGAAACCCGCCGGCCAGACACGGCCACGUUGUCGUAGCAGUGGGUUCAAAGAUCUACAUUCAUGGAGGAAUGGCUGGAGAAAAAUUCUACAAGGAUAUGUUCUCUCUUGACACAAGCAGCAUGAAGUGGGAGAAGGUGCAGGCUAAAGGAGACAUUCCACCAGGAGUAGCAGCCCACUCAGCCCUGGUGCUGGGCAAGAGCAUCUACAUUUUUGGGGGGAUGACUGCAGAUGGAGCCGGCAACUCCAUGUACAGAUUCAACACAGAUAAAAGUAGGUGGGUCCUCAUGAAGUUUGAAGGGGAUAUGCCACCCAACCGCCUGGACCAUUCUAUGUGUUUAUUGCCAUGGAAGGUGCGUGGUGAGGGGAAUGGAGAAGAGGAACAAGCCAACAGCCCAGCAGGCUCAGAGACAAUAAAUCUAGCCUUUGUAUUUGGAGGAAUGGACACUCAGGGUGUCAUUCAUAAUGACUGUAUUGUGACUGUGGUGUCUUGAUGUUGAAAUAGUCAUUUAGUUGUAAUAAAAUGUUUGUGAAGUA